AUGACGAAUUACAAGGAAGAACAAAAAGAUGAAAUUGAAGCCUUGGAGGCAAUUUAUCCAAAUGAAAUAAAAGUGUUGGAAACAGAUCCUAACUAUGUGUUUGUGAUUGAAGUUGCUCCCCAAGGAAUGGAAGAGACGGAUGAACUUGCAAUGGUUACCAUUCAGUUUUCACUUGAUGAUACUUACCCAGAUACAAUACCAGUGAUGGAAAUAACAGAGUCUGUGUAUUUAGAUGAUGCAAAGUUAGACGAAAUCUUGGAACACAUGAACACUGUAGCUCAAGAAAAUGUUGGUAUGGUGAUGGUGUUUACAAUUGUCUCUGCUGUCCAGGAGAAAAUCAGUGAUAUUAUUGAACAGACAAAAUUGCAACGGGAAGAAGAGCAGUUGCGAAAACAGAAAGAACAUGAAGAAAAAGAACAGAGAAUAUUUGAAGGCACCCGGGUCACUGUAGAAACUUUUCUUGCUUGGAAGACCAAGUUUGAUGCCGAAAUGAAAGACUUCAAAAAGAAUGAUAUUACUUUGUCAAGUUCAAAGUUAACAGGAAAGGAAUUAUUUUUACAAGAUUCUUCUAUGAUUGUGUCUGACAUGCAGUUUCUUCAAGGAGAGUCCGAAGCUGUGGAAGUGGAUGAAUCAUUGUUUCAAGAAAUUGAUGACUUUGGUUUGGAUGAAGAAUUGCAAGAUUAA